GCUGCGGGGCUUUCUCUCGCCCAAGUUCAUUCGUUCCUUCUCUUCAAUCUAAUUAUUGGCAUUGGACAUACAUGUCUACCAGACGACGUCCGAACUUCGAUAUUGAUGGUGACGAGGUCCACUAUCCCACCAGGCCGGUCGACAAGGACAAGGCGGAGAACGAGCUUGUGAUCAAUAUCAAGAAAGCAACAAGCCCAGAGGAGUCAGCUCCGAAGCAGAAGCAUGUCCGAAAAUGCAUCGUUUACACUUGGGAUUACCACAGUUCAAUGUCUUUCUGGAGCGGUUUACGGGUGCAACCUAUCUUGUCUGACGAAGUCCAAACUUUCAAGGCUCUCAUUACUGUACAUAAAGUGUUGCAAGAAGGCCAUCCUGUGACAAUCAAAGAGGCUCAUGGCCAAGCGGGAUGGUUGGAGACUUGCGCCAGGACUGUUGCCACAGAGGGUCAACGCGGUUAUGGACCAUUAAUCAGGACCUACGUCCAGUUUAUUCUGGCCAAAUUGCGUUUCCACCGCUUGAGACCAGAAUUUAAUGGGUUGUUUGAAUACGAGGAAUACAUCUCGUUGAAGGGCAUCGAUGACCCCAAUGAGGGUUAUGAAACGAUCUCAGACCUCAUGGGCCUUCAGGACCAGAUCGAAUCGUUCCAGCGGAUGGUGUUUUCUCACUUUAGGCAUUCUGCCAAUAAUGAAUGUCGUAUCUCUUCGCUUGUGCCCCUGGUCAAAGAAAGCUGGGGUAUUUAUAGAUUCAUUACAAGCAUGCUUCGCGCCAUGCACCGAAGAACGAAUGACCAUGAUGCACUGGAACCCCUGCGCCAGCGGUUCAACUCGCAACACUAUAAUUUAAGAAAAUUCUACUACGAGUGUUCAAAUCUCAAAUAUUUGACUGGCUUGAUAAACGUUCCUAAACUGGGUCAGGAACCUCCAAACCUGUUGGAUUCCGGAAGUGCUCCCGACCUCCCUGCGAGACCCAAAACUGCUGUAGCUUCACCAGCUCCCCCAGCUGCACCUUCACCUGCCCCUGAUGCAUCUGUUGUUAAUGAGCAAGCCCGCAUGCUCAAACAAUAUGAAGACCAGCAGGCUGCUUUACGCGCACAACGUGAAGCCGAGGAACGUCAGAGGCUAGAGCUCGAGGCACAGCAGCAACGUGAAUUUGAACAACGGCAACAGGAACAGGCAGAGCGGGAGCGCCUUGCACAGGAGCAGCUUAUGCAGCAGCAGAUGAUGCAGUACAAUAAUCAAGCUGCUCAGCAGGUCAGUGAUUAUGAGCGCGAGCUGCUGGCUAUGAGGGGGCAGUACGAGCGUGACCAGUUGCUUCUGGAACAAUACGAUCGACGGGUGAAAGCGCUGGAGGGCGAGCUCGGCGGAGUAACGUCCAAUAUUCAUGCACAAAUGGCAUCGAAGGACGAAUUGAUCAAACAACUUCAGGAUCAAGUGACCCUUUGGCGGAACAAAUAUGAAGCACUGGCAAAACUCUACAGCCAGCUACGGACUGAACACCUGGACAUGCUUUCGAAGUUCAAGCAACUGCAGCUCAAGGCUAAUUCAGCGCAGGAGGCCGUAGACCGCAUGGAGCAGCUUGCUGAUAUGAUUCGUGAGCGCGACCGGGCACGCUUUGAUAUCGAUCGCCAGAAAUCCUCACACAAAGACGAAAUUGACCGCCUGCGCCGCGAGAUCAGUUUCGCGAACGAGCGCGCGGAGGAUGCAACACGCUCCAAAAGUUCGGAGGUAUCGAAUGUGUUGGGCAAGUAUAACCGUCAGCUCACAGAGCUCGAGGAUUCAUUACGGUCCAAGCAAAUGCAAAUCGAUGACCUGCUCGUAAAACUCAACAACUCUAGUGGUGACAUGGAGCGUCUAAGAGAUGAGAAGGAUCAAGAGAUUUUGAUUCUUCAAGAGGGUAUGGAUAGCACCAUCCAAUCGCUUUCUGAAGCACAGCAGAACCAAGGUCUCAGCGAAGAAGCAACGAAUGCCCAAAUUGACACCCUUAUUCUCGACAACCGAAAGAAGCUCAACCAGGUCAUUGAUUCAAUCCUGCAGGCCUGCGUGCAGAAAGUCGAUGACGCCAUUUACGAGCUUGAGUCACCAACUCAAGCUGGCAAUAUCAAUUCCACGCCCGAGUACACGUUGUCAAUGAUCGAGAAGGCUAUAAAUAACGCCACGGAUUUCGCGAUGGUCUUUAAUCUCCACCUCAGUGGCGAUGUCGGAGGCGAUUACGUCGACGUCAUUAAGGGCGCCAAUGAGUUCGCACAGGUCCUUUCAGAUGUUCUCAUCAACUGCAAAGGUGUCACUCGACUCGCUAAUGACGACGAUGCCUCGGACAAGAUUGUUGCAGUAGCUAAGAGCGCCGGUGACGUUGGCCUGCGCUUCUUCUUGAACCUGCAGUCCUACAAGCUUGAUCUCCUGCAACCCGCACAGCGGAAGGAAGUUUCGAUGCGCAACAACAGCGAAGCGCGAACCGCCCUUACUCGUCUCUCGGAAGUCGUUGACACGCUCAUACCCAAAGGUACCAAGGGUGGUGCUUUGGCACGGGCCAAUGGUGACAUCGGUGACAUUGUCGAGCACGAAAUGCAGAGCGCUGCGGCAGCCAUAGAAGCGGCUACUCAGCGUUUGCAGGAGCUCAUGUCUCGCCCCCGCGACUCCUCACGGUUCAGCGCAGUUGAUCUGCAAGUCCAUGAUUCUAUCCUGUCCGCCGCCAUGGCAAUCACAAGCGCCAUCGCAAGACUUAUCAAAGCUGCCACAGAGUCUCAGCAAGAAAUCGUUGCACAAGGCAAAGGCUCAAGCUCCGUCCAGCAGUUCUACAAGCGGAACAACAGAUGGACGGAGGGUCUUAUCUCAGCUGCUAAAGCUAGCGCGGAUGGUGUGCUGUCAGGCACACAUUCCCUUGAACAGCUGAUCGUGGCCUCGAAUGAGGUAGCGGCAGCUACCGCCCAACUCGUAGCAGCCUCCCGUGUCAAGGCCAACUUGAUGUCUAAGACUCAGGAGCGCCUCGAGCUUGCUGCAAAAGCGGUGACGGAAGCAUGCAAAGCGCUUGUCAGACAGGUGAAGGCAGUCUCUGCGAAGCAGGUAGUUGAAGAGGACAUUGACUACAAGAACAUGGCUGUACUGGAAUACAAGAGACGCGAGAUGGAGCAGCAGGUUCAGAUUUUGAAACUGGAGAAGGAUCUUGGAGCAGCGAGACAUCAUCUGGGCGCGAUGAGGCGUGCGGGCUAUCACACUAAUGAAACGGACUGA